AUGCCCGGGACUGAACUUGAGACUUUGUCCGUGACGAGCAUGUGCUAUUUAGCUGCUCAGCUCGGCUCCAGCAAUGCAGACUUCCUCUUCGGGAACGAAACCAGUGAGGACUGUUGCCUUCUCCAGGAUGGAGACAUUCUCAAACUACUGAGUGACGCUGAGAACCAGAAGUUGUUUGGGAAAAGCAGUCAGAGGCAUGGGCACAAUUAUAAAGUUGUGGUGACUGUCCGUGGAGAAAUCAAUCCCACUUCAGGGAUGGUGGUAGACCUGACAGAUUUGAAAACCUACAUGAAGGAGGCGAUCACAGAGCCCCUUGACAGGAAAGACCUAGAUGAAGAUAUCCCUUAUUUUGCCAACGUUGUAAGCACCACAGAGAAUCUUGCCCUGUUCAUCUGGGAAAACCUCCAGAGGUACUUGCCCGCAGGGGCUCUUUACAAGAUAAAACUGUACGAAACAGAGGAGAACGGUGUCACCUAUAAAGGAGAUGCACCUGCUCCAGCUGCUGUCAUGGGCACGUGUAUAGCCCCUCUGCUCACCCCGGAUGCAAAGAAGAUUUGUAAUGGCCUGGAAAAGGAUGACCUGCCCAACGGUGACUCCUUCCCUGCUAACGGCCGCUGCCUUUUUGGAACUCUGAGUCUGGGGGAAAUUCACUGUUAG